AUGGUAGAGGAGAUUCCAUUCAGCCAUAUUGCCUCUGCAUCUUUAUAUUAUGUUGUUGAGGAUGGACCUGCUCAAAUUCGCUUGAAAUUCAGGUGGAUUGAGUUUAUGGUGAGCCAGGAACACGUAAGUGCUAACUUGACCCGAGCGCAGAUCAUUGAUGCUGUUACGGCAUCUGCAAAUCUUCAAAUUAGGAAGGAUAUUCCUGGUUUAGUUGCCUUUAUCUCCAGAUGGUGUGCGGACACUCAUACAGUCGUAUGUAGGUGGGGUGAAAUGACUUUCUCCUUAAAAAGUGUGGCUCUUCUGUUGAAUCUUACCGUAACAAGAAACCUAAAUAUCCAACUGACAGAAGAUGAAGAAAAGAUGCGGGCCACUCUUGUUGCGAAGUCGAAGGAUUUCGUUCGGAGGGAGAACGAAAAGUGCUUCUACAGUUGGUGGGUGUCCCAAUGGUUCCCGGAUGAGCUGGAUCCGAGCCAAAAGAAUAGUACACUUCAUGUUGCGGCAUUCUUGGUUCUCUGGUUGUCCAGGGAUGUUUUCGAUGACGGUUCGAGCAAGAAAAAGAUAAGACAAGAGCUUUUGAUGAUUGCCAUAAAGUUAGACAAAGGUGUAGUUCUCCCCAUUGGUAGCUUGUUCCUUGGUUCUCUGUAUACACAUCUGGAUCACCUGGUUGCGGACAUGCGUGUUUCAAACGGUUAUAUGAAAGUGGACUUGUAUGUCCAUGUUACCUUCCUUCAAGCGUGGUUGUGGGAGCAUUUUGAGAAAUAUGCUUCGAAGCCGUUGCCUUCACUUCCCGCGAAUUAG